UUAUUUCAAAAUCAUGCAAUUUUUCAAAAUUCUGAGCACUUUUCAAGUGAUUUUGGCCAUUUUUGGGCCAAAGUUGUCAAAAGUGAACCCCCCUGGAAAUUUUUAAAAAGUGAACCCCUCCCCUUGGCAAAUCCUGGCUACGGGUCUGUUUUCUUCUACUGGAUUAAUAAUAAGAUUGGUAAUAUAAAGAGCUAUAAAAUGAGAGAUCAUCGUGUAAUUGUUUCCCCAUUCAAUUUUCAAAUCCACUCAAAGUACACUGUUACUGUUAUAACUGUAUAUCUAAAAGAAAUCAACUCUAUGUUGUACCUCCCUCCAAAAUACUAUAUCUAGUAUAAACAGUAAUUUCCAGAUUUGUGUAUUUAUAGAGCGAUAGUGACCAUGCGUGUGUCCAGUCUAAAUCCACUGUGUGGGUCAUUAAAGACAAGGGCAAAACGUGAGCUGACCAAUGGAGACUAUAUGGUUCCUCAAGAUACACUGAUGCUUAUCCUACAGUCUGCAUCAACCAGGC